AUGAAAAAUAAGUUCAUUCUUCCCAAUUCCCCUCCCCCUACCUCUUCAAAAAAAAUAACCAUUGAAAAUGGUUAUAUAACUUUUUGUAAUUUUUAUAAAGAAACGUUUCAGGAGGAGUACGAAAAUUGUCGCUCGCAGAGAGAAUGGAUCGCCAAAGCCGCUAAAUUUUGGAAGUCACUUCCAAAUCACAUUAAAAAUUCUUUCAUUAAGUACGCAAACGAUGAAAGGUUAAUACGUAUUGGAACGAUGACACAACCAUUAACCGAGAGCGACGAUUUAAUUAUCAUUUUUGACGAUCGCUCAAGUUUGACCGAUCCUUACGAACAAAUCUUUGAUCGUUACGUCCAUUAUAAUUAA